CCGCCUCCCGGGGAAAGAGGGACCUACAUAGAGCUUCCGGGAGCCCAGUAGCGGUUGCCAAAAGAAGGACUCGAUCACCUCUCAGGGAGUCGGACGUGAGGCCGGAGGCCACAGAUCCCGCGCUGCACCCCUCCUCCAGAGACCAAAUGCCUGUCCAGCCUCCAAGCAAAGACACAGAAGAGAUGGAAGUAGAGGGUGAUUCGGCUGCUGAGAUGAAUGGGGAAGAGGAAGAGAGUGAGGAGGAACGGAGUGGCAGCCAGACAGAGUCAGAAGAGGAGAGCUCAGAGAUGGAUGACGAGGACUAUGAGCGGCGCCGCAGUGAGUGUGUCAAUGAAAUGCUGGACCUGGAGAAGCAGUUCUCGGAGCUAAAGGAGAAGUUGUUCAGGGAGCGACUGAGUCAGCUGCGCUUGAGGCUAGAGGAAGUAGGGGCCGAGAGAGCCCCUGAGUAUACAGAGCCUCUUGGGGGACUGCAGCAGAGUCUUAAGAUUCGCAUCCAGGUGGCAGGAAUCUACAAAGGCUUCUGUCUGGAUGUGAUUAGAAAUAAGUACGAGUGUGAACUGCAGGGAGCCAAGCAGCACCUGGAGAGCGAGAAGCUGCUGCUCUAUGACACACUCCAGGGGGAGCUGCAGGAGCGGAUCCAGAGGCUGGAGGAGGAUCGCCAGAGCCUGGACAUCAGUUCAGAAUGGUGGGAUGACAAACUGCAUGCCAGAGGCAACUCCAGGACCUGGGACUCGCUGCCACCUAGCAAGAGGAAGAAGGCACCUCUCGUCUCUGGCCCUUAUAUUGUAUACAUGCUACAGGAGAUUGACAUCCUGGAGGACUGGACGGCUAUCAAAAAGGCCAGGGCAGCAGUGUCCCCUCAGAAAAGAAAAGCAGAUGGACCCUGACACUGCUGUUCACAGCCAGGGGAUCCCUUGGAACAGCUGGCACCAUACUCAGGAUUCAAAUUUUCCUGCAAAAGGCAAAUAGGCACACCCCAGGGGCAGCCCAGCCAGCUCGCCAGUGCUGCUGCAGACGCCCCUCCAGCCUUCUCUCUCUGGACCCCUCCUCAGCCUGCACAGCUGUAGCUGUAGAGCUCACCUGGUCCCAGCAGGACUGCUGUCUAUCCCUAAACCCACCCACCCCUCAUUGUCAGUGACAAAGGAGAUGGGCUCUGUCCUACGCCAAAGCAACAUUCCUCUUGGUGACCUCAGAUGUGGAGACCCCAGCCACUAACCCAGGAACUAGGUCCUCCAGCACAGGAACUCUAAGCCAGAAAUACUAUGUUGAAGGUCUGUCUACAGCUGGAGGUGGUAGCCAGGCUCCCCAGCUGUUCUCAGGGCCAUUCCUGGUAUCUGCCUCCCACAUUGCAAGAACUGGAAUUAAAACCUUUUCUGGAACUCUG